CUUGGUUCAUCGAGUGGAAAGUGUCGCUGUGCAGAAACCAGCUAACACGCUCAGCAGGAGAUCUGUCAGUCCGAAUAAAAAGUGUCUCUGAGACACAGGAGCUUCUCUGGAGUCAUCGGGGCUACAAAACCUCUUAAUAUGACCGAGCUCAGGCACCGUGGAGCCGAAGCACCGAUACAAACACAGCCGUCAGAGGACAAGGGUUCAGACAGCGAGCUGAGGUUCGAGAAAGAUGGAGCGUCAGAUGGAGAGUCGAAGGUGCCGGCCCCUGCUGAUGACACCCCAGAGGUUUUAAACAAGGCCCUCUCUGGACUCUCCUCAAGAUGGAGGAACUGGUGGGUCCGAGGCAUCCUCACGCUAGCCAUGAUCUCCUUCUUCUUCCUCAUCAUCUACCUGGGCCCCAUAGUGCUUAUGAUGAUUGUCCUCUUUGUUCAGAUAAAGUGCUUCCAGGAAAUCAUCACCAUUGGCUACAGUGUGUACCACUCCUACCACCUGCCCUGGUUCAGGACGUUGAGCUGGUACUUCCUGCUGUGUGUCAACUACUUCUUCUAUGGUGAAACCGUGACGGACUGCUUCUUCACUCUGGUGCAAAGAGAGGAGCCGCUUCGCAUCCUCAGCAAAUAUCACAGAUUUAUCUCCUUUGCCCUCUACCUCACAGGUUUCUGCAUGUUUGUGCUGAGCUUGGUGAAGAAGCACUACCGCCUGCAGUUCUACAUGUUUGGUUGGACUCAUGUGACUCUGCUGAUCGUGGUGACUCAGUCUCACUUCAUCAUUCACAACCUGUUUGAGGGGAUGAUCUGGUUCAUUGUGCCAAUUUCCUGUGUGAUCUGUAACGACAUUAUGGCCUACAUGUUUGGUUUCUUCUUCGGGCGCACCCCUCUCAUCAAGCUUUCACCUAAGAAGACAUGGGAGGGAUUCAUCGGUGGAUUGUUCUCCACCAUAGUGUUCGGCAUCAUGCUCUCCUACGUGAUGUCCGGCUGGCGUUACUUCGUCUGCCCGGUGGAGUUCAACAACGACUCCAACCGGUUCCAGGUAGACUGCGAGCCGUCGGAGCUUUUCCAGCUGCAGGACUACACCCUGCCCUCCUUCCUGGAGUCCUUCACCGGAUGGACCACGGUGCGUCUGUAUCCGUUCCAGAUCCACAGCAUCGCCCUCUCCUCCUUCGCCUCCAUCAUGGGACCCUUCGGAGGAUUCUUCGCCAGCGGCUUCAAGAGAGCCUUCAAGAUCAAAGAUUUUGCCAACACGAUCCCGGGUCACGGUGGCAUUAUGGACCGGUUCGACUGCCAGUACCUCAUGGCAACAUUUGUUAACGUCUACAUUGCCAGCUUCAUCAGGGGCCCGAACCCCAGCAAGGUGAUCCAGCAGCUCCUGGCUCUGCGCAUCGACCAGCAGCUCCACAUCUUCAACUCCCUGAAGGCUCACCUGACGGAGAAGGGUUUCCUGCCGGCGCUGGAGGACGUCAUGGCCUAGACACCCCCCCCCCCCCCCCCCC